AUGGCUAGGUUUCUGGCUUUUUUGCUUCUAGCGACUCUAACAGGUAGCCACAGUGCUGCCUGGCAGUUGGUCACAAAAGAUGCUCUUCCUUCAGACGACCUUUCCAAUAAAUGUAUCGAUGCUCUAGUAGCAAACAUAUCAUGCCCUCAACACAUCAGUACUUUCCCCAGUACAGACUACGUCUCUGCUUCUUCUUUGGAAGAGGCUUGUACAUCAGCCUGCCGAACUUCUCUGGCAGAAUAUACAGCUAGUCUCAAGAGUCAAUGCUCCGAGCAAGAUGUCGUUGUAUGGAAUCCGAACUCGGCUGAGCAUGAGCACGUUUCUGUUCUUGGAACCACGCUCUUCUACCACUUCAACCAAAAAUGCAUCAAAGAUGACCAGCGAUGGUGUAAUGUUUGGGCGCAUGAACAGUCUGGAGAUAAGGAAGAAAGCUCCGCCGAACCUUCAUCAACGACAGCUCGCGAGUGCGACAACUGUGCUAUCAAACAGAUGCAAUUACAAGCAGGAUCGCCAGAUGGCUACGAUCUACAGCCAGAUUACAAGUCUCUCACUGAAAAGUGCCAAAAGACGGGAUUCCCGCUUGCCACUACAGUCUCCAGCAAUAGUCCGACAUCAGUAUCAACGGCUAAGCCUCAGAGGACCUGUGACGGAGAUGAAUAUAUCAUCAAGGAGUCGGAUACCUGUAGAACUGUCUCCAGGUCGCUGAAUGUUGCAACAGCCCUUCUGCUGCGCGACAACGACUUGCAAGCCUUUUGCGCUGAUUUCCCAAGCGAGGGAAACAGACUGUGUAUUAAGAAUAAGUGCAACGUGCAUGUUGUUACAAACGAUGACACAUGCGCAAGCAUCGCCAAAGCAGCGCAGAUCAGCCAAGUGCAACUAUAUACAUGGAAUCCGAUUCUAGGCGAUGCUUGCAGAAACAUUGCCAACUCUGUCGGUGACACUGUUUGCCUCGAGCCUCCUGGCGAUGAAGAAUACACCCCUCUUAAAACUUCCACACUUGAAAGCACUACAUCGACUGCUGAACCAUCCGCUGCCCCAGUUCCAUCAGAUAUCGCAAACGGGACGACAAAGCACUGUGCUCAGUACUACCGAGUGGUGACUGGCGAUUACUGUAAUAAAGUUAUUGUCAAGUAUAGCAUUCCCCUUGAGGACUUCCUUUUCCUUAACCAGGGCGUUAACCAAAACUGUACAAACUUUUUUGCGAAGGAAAGUUACUGCAUUGAACCAGCCGGACCUAUCGAGAAGUACCGCGAUCACCCAGAUUAUGUUCCUCCAUUGGAGUCCGUUUCGGAGAUACCUUUUGAUUCACUUCCCGAGGCAACAUUUACUGUUCCAAGGAUAACAGAUCUGCCAAAAAAGCUUCCAUUGGCAGAGGAAACUCGCAAUGAUUGUUUCCUUUAUGCCGAUGGCUCUGAUCUUCAUUCGGACUCGUCGUGGCUAUUCGAUGUAUCCGAAUGCGAGAGACUUGUCCCGGUUUGGGGGAUCACCCUAGAAGAGCUGCAAAAUUGGAACCCCAGUCUCAACACAUCAUCGGAUAACUGUGAAAUGGACGUCAAGUACAGGUACUGCAUGAAAGCCCAUAGAGAAGACGCUCCAUCACCGGCGCCUGAAGACGACAGUACGGCACCAUCUGCAACUACCAAGUCAACUACAUCGAGCGCAAUCCCGUCAUCUACUGAACUCCCAAUUAGGGAUGGCGUUGUUGAAUCUUGUAAGGAGUACAAGCCGUUCCUCGCUCCACACACAUGUCAAGAUAUGUUGGAUGACAAUAGUAUCACCAUUAAAGAGUUCUACAAGUGGAACCCACCUGUGGGAGCUGAGUGUGGUAACCUUUGGCCCGGAUAUCGAUACUGCGUCAAAGCGUAG